AUGGCUUAAAGAAAAACUGCUUUAGAAGAAAUUGCCGAAAAGGAAUCCAACUUCGGUAAAAUUUUCAAGGUCGCCGGUCCUCUGGUCGUUGCUGAACAAAUGGUUGGUGCUAAGAUGUACGAAUUGGUUAAAGUCGGUUGGAAUAAAUUGGUCGGUGAAAUUAUCAAGCUCGAUGGUGACACUGCAUCUAUUCAAUGUUACGAAGAUACUUAUGGUUUGACUGUUGGUGAUCCAGUCAUGAGAACUAAAGAACCUCUUUCAGUCGAACUUGGUCCUGGUAUUUUGAAUGGUAUUUUUGACGGUAUCUAAAGACCUCUUGGUUCUAUUGCUUAGGUUUCAGGUUCAGCUUUCAUCCCUAGAGGUGUUGAUGUCCCUAUUUUAGAUGGAGAUAAGUAAUGGCAUUUUAUUCCUAGACCUGAUAUUAAGGUUGGCUCUAAGCUUACUGGUGGUGAUAUCUUCGGUCACUGUCACGAAAACAACUUGUUCUGUAAGCACAACAUUAUGCUUCCUCCCAAGGGUAAGGGUCACGUCACUUACAUUGCUCCUGAAGGCUAAUACACCAUCCAUGAAAAAGUUUUAGAACUCGAAAUUGAUGGCAAGAAGACUUCUUACAAAAUGUCUCACUUCUGGCCUGUCAGAUAAGCUCGUCCCGUUUUAGAAAGACUCUAAGGUAAUGUUCCUCUUCUUACUGGUCAAAGAGUUUUGGAUGCUCUUUUCCCUUCAGUCUUGGGUGGUACUUGCGCUAUUCCUGGUGCUUUUGGUUGCGGUAAAACUUGUAUUUCUUAAGCCUUAUCUAAAUACUCUAACUCCGAAGUCAUCGUUUACGUCGGUUGUGGUGAAAGAGGUAACGAAAUGGCUGAAGUACUUACUGAUUUCCCUGAAUUGAAAACUGAAAUUAAUGGUAAGAAAGAAUCUAUUAUGCAACGUACUUGUUUGGUCGCUAAUACAUCUAACAUGCCUGUCGCUGCCAGAGAAGCUUCUAUUUACACUGGUAUUACUCUUGCUGAAUACUUCAGAGAUAUGGGUUACAACGUUAGUAUGAUGGCUGACUCAACUUCUCGUUGGGCUGAAGCCUUGAGAGAAAUUUCUGGUCGUCUUGCUUAGAUGCCUGCUGAAUAAGGUUAUCCUGCUUAUCUUGCCAAUAAGCUUGCCUUCUUCUACGAAAGAGCUGGUCGUGUCAAAUGUUAGGGUUCUCCCAACAGAGAAGGUUCUAUUACAAUUGUCGGUGCCGUCUCUCCUCCUGGUGGUGAUUUCACUGAUCCAGUUACAGUCUCUACUCUUGCUAUCGUACAAGUUUUCUGGGGUCUCGAUAAGAAAUUAGCUCAACGUAAACAUUUCCCUUCAGUCGACUGGAACAAAUCUACAUCCAACUACGAAAGACAAUUAGAUCCUUACUUCAACAACUUCGAUCCUGAUUUCUCUAAUUUACGUACUUCUAUUAAAAAAAUCUUAUAAGAAGAAAAUGAAUUGAAUGAAAUCGUCCAAUUGGUCGGUAAGGACUCUCUUUCUGAAGAUUAAAAGCUUACCUUAGAAGUCGCUAGAGUUAUUAGAGAAGAUUUCUUACAAUAAAACGCUUUCUCAGAUUAUGAUUACAUGUGUCCCUUAGAAAAGACUAUUGGUAUGAUGAGAGGUAUUUUCACUUACUACGACAAUGCUAGAAGAACCAUUGUUGAAUCUUCUGGUGAAACCAAGAUUAACUGGAACGAAAUUCUCUUCCAAACCAAGCCUCUCUUCCUCUAACUUACUGAUAUGAAGAGACUUGACCCUAAAAAACCUAAAUAAGAAGUCAAUCAAUAUUUCAGUAAAUACGUUGAAGAUGUCAAUCUUGCUUUCAGAAAAAUCAAUGACCGUUGA